ACUGCACGUGAGCAGUCCUACCUGAAGCCUCUCCAUGGGCUUGAGUCAACGCCAGGGCCAAUGACAGGAUGGAGGGACGGAAGAGCCGUGCUCCUGCUGCCAGUUGCCCUGCUGCUGCGCUGCCCACACAGCAGCCUGGAACUGCAAUGUGGCCACAGAAUGAACACUUCUGAGAAGUCUGAAGUUUUGGAAAUCAUAGGUGGGGUGCCUGCAAACAUCAGAGAUUUCCCCUGGCAGAUACGUAUCCUUGAAAACGGGAGUCAUCUCUGUGGAGGAUCGAUCCUCAGUGAGUGGUGGAUUCUGACUGCAGCCCAUUGCUUCAAAAGCAAAAAUGCAUCUACCUUGGAGGUCACACAUGGUGAAGAAAAUCUUGACACCCAGAACUUGACGAAGAUAAAAGUGGACAAGCUAAUUAUUCACAAUUAUUUUGACAGUUGGUUCUACCUUAAUGACAUCGCUUUGCUUUUGCUCAAAUCCCCUCUGAGCUUGGGUGUCAGGAAGGUACCCAUUUGCCUUUCAGAGGUCACUGACGUAGAGAGAUGGAGGAACUGCUGGGUGAGCGGGUGGGGCACCACGGUUCCUAAGCAGAGUACGGAGACAGGGCUCCAGAAAGUCAAUAUCCAGCUGAUCAAGUGGGAAACCUGCUUUGAGCUGUUGCCUCUACUCACCAAGAGCAUGCUGUGUGCUGGGGACCUUGAAGGUGGGAAGGAUGCCUGCCAGGUAAAGCUGGGAGAGAGGCUGCCCCAGAAAGCUGGCUGA